UCAAAAUAACAAAAAGCUUCAUAUGCUAUUUUGUUCUUGAUUUUGUGUAAUGUAGUACCAUAUUAUUUAAUUUCUUUUAUAAAAUGUUCAUUUGGCUUAGUUUUCUCCAUUUAUUCACAUAAAUGUGAUAUUUUCCAAGUUUUUAAUACAUUUUUUGAACAUCUGGUUGGAUGCACGUUAACAAUGUAGUGAGUUGCUAUGGCAACGUACUGGGAGAUGCUAAACAAAUGUCAGCGUUUUGCUCGUGCACAAUUUUAUCUACUAAUGUUCGUGGACAAUUAAUGUUGUACAUUAAACGAAACAAACUUUUGUUGUCAAGUUUGUCUGUGAAAAUCUAAAGUUUAACAACAAGCGUGUGGUUGUCGUCAGGUACGCGAGAUAUCAGCGCUGUAACUCGGACGCUUUGGGAAAUGUAGUUCCCUAUAGAACGCUGCCUGCUCGGCCUACAUUAUAAGGAAAAGAUAAUAGACUACAAGUCCCAGAAUCCUCUGCGCAACACGCCCCGGCUGGAGCACAAAACUUCCUUUGAGUUGCCGAUGCAGUUUCUGAAGAAAACAUUAAACUGUCGUUUCGCUAAUUUUAAUUUAUUUACAGCCAAAGGAUGUCUGAACUGAGUGAUGAGGCCAGCAGUGAAUCGGAUCAGUUAGGAUCGAGUCUGUCUGUGUGGCUGGCGGGCGCAGGUAACGCUUUGAUCGGUCCAGAAGAGCUGAAUGUACCGCUGGAUCUUCACACCGCCUGCUCUAUAGGACAGUAUGAUGUUGUGGCCCAAUGUAUCCAGAGGGGUGAUGUAGAUUUGGAUGGAAAGAAUAUAGGAGGUUGGACUCCUCUGAUGUAUGCUGCUUAUAUCGGUCACGAUAACAUCGCUAACCUGCUUCUGGAGACGGGCGUCAACGUCAACGCCACAACAUCUAAAGGCCUGACUCCUCUGAUGCUCGCAGCCAGCUGUGGCAAUGAGAGCAUCGCUUAUUUCUUACUCCAGCAAGGAGCACAACUGGAAUGCAAAGAUGUGCGCGGAUGGACGGCUCUUUUGCACAGUACAGCUAAUGGACAUCAGCAAAUGGUCAAAUUUUUAUUAGACAACAAUGCCAAUGCAAACGUCAAGGAGCCACUUUUUGGAUUUACACCUCUCAUGGAAGCGGCAGCAUCCGGACAUGAAAUCAUCCUUCAGUACCUGCUCAACCAUGGCGUGCGGACGGAGGAGAGAAACAAUAAAGGAGAGACGGCGAGAGCUCUGGCUAUGAUGUAUGGACACAGUAAAAUCGCUGGCCUUAUUGACAUGCAUGUGAUGAGAGUCAAAUCAGCUUUGUACGAUGAGUUGAGUUCCUCCGAAGAGGAAAGUUCGACCCCGAGGGUCCGCUCUGCUCGCAGCAGAACCAGAGGCCCCAGUAUUCACGACGGCCCUCAGGCUAUAGCGCGCUUCAGAGUCGGCUCCAAGCAGGAGGUGCCAGUGACGCCACCUGGAUACGUGACCUUCCCUGAUGUCAGUGAUCAGAGCGAGGGAAUCUGCAACCGUGAUGUCACUUCCCCUAUUAAUGAACUCGACGGACAGAGCAACAGCAGCAGAGAUGAGCUGUUUUUUGAUAAUGACAUGCCCACCGUGAGGAGCAGUAGCAGCAGUAGUGAGGGGCUGUCCAACCUUCUCGGGCUCAGCAGAGAGGCGUCGCUGGAAAGCAAUGAGGACUCCGAUCAAGCCAAGAGAAGUUGUGUCCGUCGAACAAACAAACUCCAGCACUCCAAAAACAAGAGCGGCGCUGCGGCCGGGUGCACCUCAGGUUACUGUGAAGGGCCAUCUUCCUCUAGACAACAUCCUUCAUACACUGGACCCAAAGAUCUCGCAGAGUUCCUGGAACAAGUCGGAUUUAGAAAAUAUCUCCCCCUGCUGGAGGAGCAAGACAUCGACCUGAGAAUCUUUCUGACUCUUACCGAGAACGACCUGAAGGAAGUGGGAAUUACGCUGUUUGGUCCGAAAAGAAAGAUGACAUCAGCAAUAGCCCGCUGGCACAGUAACGCACGGCCGCCCAGUGAUGCGUUGGAGCAAGCGUAUGCGGACCAGCUAGAGGCAGAGAUGCAAGAAAUGGCCAUACAACUUCACAAGCGUUGUGCAGAGGUGGAGUCUCUACAGGCUCAGGUGUCUCAGGAGAAAGAGUUGCGUGCCGUGAUGGAGGGAUGUCUGAUGGAGGAGAAGAUGGUGUGGAAGACGGUUCAGACUGAACUGCAGGAGAACGCGAAGCACGUUCAGACGCUAAACACAAAACUACACACUCUACGCAAUUGUCACACGCAGCUGGCGCAGGUCAUACAGGAAGACCCUCGAUCUGUGGCUAAAGGUGAUGGUGUUAUAUGUGCUCAGCUGAUGUCAAAGAUGGACUCAUACAUGGGAGAACUCUCUGACAGUCUGAAGGAAAUCUUUCAAAGUCUACAGGGUCUGAGUUCCCUAGAGAAAAGCUCACGUAGCUGGGAGUCAUAGCAUCUGACAGUGGGAUUUUAGCUUUUAAACGACGGGGGGUGACAAAGCACCCUGAAAACACAAACGUCUGCAGGCCAGAGAGAGAGAUAUAUAUAUAUAUAGGUGUCGGUCCGGUCUGAAGAGAGUUCAGAGAAUAUGUGAAGAUGGAGAUUUAUGAACGAGUACAGACGGACGGACGGUGAGAGAAGACAAGAAACGACAAGCGGGCGAAGAGAAUUACUCAUGCCUGUGCUCCAGACGCAAGAUGAGAGAAUCAACCAAUCACAGACAGAGCUGUGUCGUAAAGGGCGGAGCCAGACGCUGUCUGUCAGGAAUUCAACAGGUGCACACAGAAAGACUGUCAAAGAUGUGUGUAUAAACACAAACACUGUUUAUUGCUGUACAACAUGUUAAACCUCUGAUAUGUCUAUGCAUUUGGUGUAAAGUUUGCCUAUUUAAAGCCAAAUAUUAAUUCAGUUUUAUUCCUAAAUGUUGUGCUUUUAAAUAUGAUGUAUGCUGUAAAUAUAUAAAUUCAUGAAACACACAGAAUGUUUUUCUGUGUUUACUUCUCAUAAAACCAUUUUUAAGGAAACUUAUAGAUUUAAUUCAGCCCGAAAAUUGUUUUUAACAUUUUUAAUUAGAGAUGCAUAUCGACCAAUAAUCGGUUCAGCCAGUAAACGCCUUUUUUCCCCUGAUUAUGCUGUCAUUUAAAGGGAUAAUUCAACCAAAAAUUAAUAUUUUGUCAUCAUUUUCUCACUUUCAUGCCUGUACGAGUUUUUUUUCUGUUGAAUACAAAAGAAGAUAUUUUAAUAAAUGUUGGUAAGCGCACAGUUGACAAAACACAGUAUUGUUUUUCCUACUAUAGAAGUCAGUGGGUACCGUCAUCUGUGUGGUUACCCACAUUCAUCAAGUUAUCUUCCUUAAAUAUUGACAGAUUGUUCAUUUUGGGUAAACUAUCCCUUUAAAAUGGGCAGGAAAAACAACAAAGAGUUAAGAAACAUCACCAGCUUGAUGUUCAGUUUUGAUAGUAAUUAACUAAAUGAUUUUAAACUUAAGACAUUAUUUUAAUAUUCAGUUUAGUUCAUGUCAGUUAUCAUGAAUGUAAAAUAAAGUAUAAAAGGUAAAACCACCAAACUAAUGUUUUAUUACAACAUUUAUUGGUAUCGUCAGACAUCAUUCCUAAUAAUCGGCUUUGGCAGAGAAACUUAGUAUUGCUGCAUUUCUAUUUGUAACAUUUUGUUUGCUUGUAAUUGUGAUACUGUAUAUUUUUUGUCAUGACUUGUUUUAUGUAUGAUUCUUUUGCCAUAUUGUAACUAAAUACAAUCAUGCCGAUAAAUUACUUUUGAAUGCUUAUUAUAACAGUUCACACUGAAAAUCCUUCUUGUGUUUUCACAAAUAAAGCUAUUUCUGUGAUAUAAAAUAUAUAUGUCAUAUUCUUACGUCAACAAUGCAUU